GGGGGAAGGGGGAGGAGGCACAGAGCCCAAGAGACCUCCAGUUAACCUGGUACCUCUUCGCGGAGACUUUGGUACCCAAAGCAGCGGACCCCGGAUUUAGCAUCCUUCCUUGGAUCCUUGGUUUUCUUUUAACAAGCGUUGAGCACGUUCCAAGGUCCUCUGUGUGGGCGACACCUCCUAGCCACUAGUCCGGGGUUCCUUCCCACCAUCUCCCUCGCCCCCCCUCCCACCCCCAGCCUGCGCAUGCGUCCUAAGAACCCCCUCCACUCGCGGCCCAGGCUCCGAGUAUUGUCGGGGGCUAUUCUCUCUCCCAGGAACAUGGCGGCGAGUCAGGGAGGCGGUGGGAACAGUGGGGGCGGCGGCUGCGGUGGAGGUGGAAGUGGCGGUGGCAGUGGCGCGGCUGGAGGAGGAGGAGGUGGUGGUGGAGGAGGAGGUGGCGGGGCCGGGGCGGGAGGAGGUGGCGGCUGUGGCGGGACCGUGGCGGUGCCCAUCCCGGUACCGACUCUUUUCGGUCAGCCGUUCCCCAAUGGGCCGCAGUGGCACUCGGGGAGCUUGCAGCCUCAGCACACAGUGAGGAGCCUGGACCGGGCCCUGGAGGAGGCGGGGAACUCUGGCAUCCUGAGCCUCAGUGGCAGGAAACUCAGAGAGUUCCCGGGCAGCGGUUACGACCUGACGGACACCACCCAAGCAGAUCUUUCCAGAAAUCGUUUUACAGAAAUUCCUUCAGAUGUGUGGUUAUUCGCACCACUCGAAACUUUAAACCUAUAUCAUAACUGCAUCAAAACCAUUCCCGAAGCCAUUAAGAAUUUGCAGAUGUUAACAUACCUUAACAUUAGUCGAAAUCUUCUAUCAACAUUGCCAAAAUACCUAUUUGACCUUCCCCUUAAAGUUUUGGUUGUCAGCAAUAAUAAACUCGUAUCCAUUCCAGAAGAAAUUGGAAAAUUAAAAGAUUUGAUGGAAUUGGACAUUAGCUGCAAUGAGAUUCAGGUCCUUCCUCAACAAAUGGGAAAAUUGCAUUCACUUAAAGAGUUAAAUAUAAGAAGAAAUAAUCUUCAUGUUUUGCCAGAUGAAUUAGGAGAUCUCCCCUUAGUGAAGUUGGAUUUCUCCUGUAAUAAAGUGACUGAAAUUCCUGUUUGCUAUAGGAAAUUGCAUCAGUUACAAGUAAUAAUUUUGGAUAACAAUCCAUUGCAAGUACCACCAGCACAGAUAUGCUUAAAGGGUAAAGUACACAUAUUUAAGUACUUAAAUAUACAAGCCUGUUGUAGAAUGGAUAAGAAACCAGACUCCCUGGAUCUCCCAUCACUGAAUAAAAGAAUGCCUUCUCAGCCUCUUACAGACAGCAUGGAAGAUUUUUAUCCAAAUAAAAACCAUGGCCCUGACUCUGGAAUCGGAAGUGAUAAUGGAGAGAAGCGAUUGUCUACAACGGAACCAUCAGACGAUGACACCAUCAGCCUUCACUCUCAAGUCUCAGAAUCGAAUAGAGAGCAAACAUCAAGAACUGACAGUCUUGUAACAGGAACCAAGCCUGAUUCUCAGAAAGACCAGGAGGUGUAUGAUUUUAUUGAUCCCAACACGGAAGAGGUAGCAGUUCCUGAACAAGGAGAUACACAUAUUGGAUCAUUUGUUUCUUUCCUUAAGGGGAAGGAAAAGUGCCCUGAAAAAUCUCAGAAAAAUGAAGAACUUGGAAAUGAAAAAAAAGUUGACAAAGAGCAGUUGCUGCCAGAAGAAGAUGAUGAUUUGAAAGAAGUAACUGACUUGAGGAAGAUAGCUGCUCAGUUACUGAAGCAGGAACAGAAGAACAGAUGGAGGCCUUUAAGUUAUAGAACAUCAUUCAGUGACAAACUCUUCCAGAGGACCAGAGCAGCAGGACGGAAAUCAAGGAUUCUUAAUCAUUCAACUUCUGUCAUGAGAAAUAAGCUGAAACAAACUGUGGAAUGUGAAAAGAGUGUCUCAGCAGAUGAAGGGAAUUCACCAUUAUCACCUCUUGCAUGGCAGCCAUUAGAAAAUCAGAAGGAUCAAAUAGUUGAUCAACAGUGGCCAGAAUCCCAGCCUAUAAUCUGGCAAAAUGAAGAGAGGAGGCGGAGUAAGCAGAUCAGAAAAGAAUAUUUCAAGUACAAAUCAACAAGGAAGAAUUCAAGUGGCAAUGAGAAUGAGGAGCAAGAGAGUGAUAAUGCUCAUAUGUCACCACAGUCUCCGGUAUCAUCUGAGGACUAUGACAGGUCUGAUGGCUUUUCACACGGUCCCUUUGGCUUGAAGCCUAGAUCAGCCUUCAGUCGUGCAUCUCGUCAAGAAUAUGGGGCAGCAGAUCCAGGAUUUACAAUGAGAAGAAAGAUGGAGCAUUUACGGGAAGAGCGUGAACAGAUUCGGCAGCUUCGCAAUAAUCUUGAAUCCAGAUUAAAAGUCAUUCUGCCUGAUGACAUAGGAGCUGCACUGAUGGAUGGAGUUGUUCUUUGCCAUUUGGCCAAUCACAUAAGGCCACGCUCCGUAGCUAGUAUUCAUGUGCCAUCACCAGCAGUGCCCAAGCUGAGCAUGGCAAAAUGUCGAAGAAAUGUAGAAAAUUUUCUUGAUGCUUGCAAAAAGUUGGGUGUUUCACAGGAGAGACUCUGCUUGCCUCACCAUAUUUUGGAAGAACGAGGUCUUGUGAAAGUUGGUGUCACAGUUCAGGCCCUCCUUGAAUUACCUACUACAAAGGCAUCUCAGCUUUCUAUGGCUUGAUGUGACAUUGAAAGCAUUAUACGUGUAUAAUUUCAUGUAUUUGAAAUGAUUUCCGGUAUCUCAAAAUCAUGAAGAAUGUCCAGUAACAACAGUUUGCCUUAGGUUUCUUUCUUUUAGAUUCACAUAAGAUAUCAGAUAUGAACUCUGAGUUUUCCAAGCAAUUUUUGGAAGAAAAUUGGAUUAAUUUAAUAAGAGUUUUUGAUAAAUUAAAAUUCUUUUAUUUUGUGACUCAGUAACCUUGAUGAAUUUCCAGAAUGCAAAUUCGUACAAAAUUGAAAACAUACUUUCAAUUUAACAAUCACAUUAAGUUGAAUAUUUUUACAUCACUGUAUACUAGUGAACAUCUAGGUCACGUAAUCAUGUUUUAGGAAAAAAAUUCUAUAUUUGAGUUACUUCAUAUACUUCUAGCUUAUACACAAUCUCUUCAAUAUUUUGUCUUUGUUUCCUAGCAAAAAUGAGUAGAAAAAUCAAAACCCUGGCAUUAUUCAAUUCUUUUAGUACUAUCAGUUGGUGCCAAAAUAUUUUCAGUUAUACUGUAGGUUGUUUACAUGUGAAGUGCCUGUGUAAUUGAUGAAUCUUAAAUAGUCUUAAGCAUUUUUGCAAUUUCUUUUUAUGUAUUAAUAGAAUCAAUGGAAUUUUUAAAUAUUUUGGUAGGUUUUGUAUGGUCAGUAAUAUGUGAGGAUUUACGUGUGCCUCACAUUGGUGGUUUCUUAGUUAAUGCAUUGCAGUUUCCCUUGAAUUGGUUAUUUCAUGUUGUCAAAAAAUGUUAAUAUGCUUAAUUUAUGCUAUUUAAUUUUGCAAAACCGUAGUCAUUAUUUUAAUCAUUUUUUCGGAAGAGUAUUUUAUUUCUGUGUUGAGAACGUUACACAAAGCAGUAAGGCUUUGGAAAGCUAGGGAAGUACUAUUGUCAAGGACAUUUGGAUGCAACUGCUAUGUUUGGGUUCGUAUCUCACCUUAAAGAAGCAUUCAGUACAUAAGUGCUGCCUUCAAUUUUCAGAGAGUGGCCAUUAAGAAACAGGUUUUGAUUCAAAAAAUCUGUCCCUUUCUGGAGCAUGUAUACCUUAUGAUCCUCAAGUAACUUGAUGUUGAAUUAAACACAGUCUGGUUCAUGGAAUAGAAUGUUCAGUAAAGUCCUUGCUUGAUUUGGAGAUGUAUAAACUUACAGUGAUACUAGGGCAGGAAUUUUUCCAAAACAUUACUGUGAUAGCUAACUCAGUUUCCUAUAGAAGAGCCUUCAUAUUCACUUUUGUAGUAACCAAGCUAGUAUCAUUUCUUAACUGUGUGAUUAUUUGCACUUAUUACCUCUUAAUAUGGAUGCAACUUAGUAAAAACGUUGGUCUAGGAUAUUUCAAAGGGCAUUUAUAAAAUGUAAAAUGUCAUGUGCCAAAUACUAUGGUAAGGAUUGGGUUUAGGAAUAAAUCUACAUUUUUUGUCAGUCAUUAUGAAGCCAUACAUUUCAAUCUUGGCUUCAGAAUACAGAUGUGUUUUUACAUUCCCAAGAAGUCAAAUUCGAACUAUUAAAGAGUCAAGCUUUUUAUACUGUAAGUUUUAAGAAUUAAAUUAUUAAUAAUUUAUUAUUUAAAUAUUUGAUCAAAUUAGUUAUGACUAAAUAGUUGGAUCUGAAAAUAUCCCCAAUGACAUAGGUAAUUUAGUAAGUACCUUAGUCGAUGAGUUUUUAACCUUGACAGUUGACAGCAUUACAGACUUAAAAACUUUUAACAACCAAAACAAUCAUUCAUAAUUCUCUCAUGGUUAUUGUGCUAUAGAAUUGCUCUUAUUACUUAAUGUUGUAUUAUUUUCCUAGUAGUUUUGUGCUUUGUUAUUAUUGAAAUAGUUGUGACUUUUUAGACAAUUCUUUUGCUACAUUUCACUUGUCAGUUAACUAUUACCUUAAAGAGAAAGCACACCAGAACUUCGGUGCUCUGUCGUCUUUAUAGCUAAUACAAAUUGUUUUCAAGAUGGGUCCCUUUGAGGUCCUUAAUUAUUAUUGUGCCAAAAGGCAAUAACAACAUCACUUCUAAGGCAGUUUUUCAGCAUAGUCCACAAUGACAAACUUAUUCCAAGACCCUGACAUAUUUAUGUUAGUAGUUUUUAAGUAUAAAUUUUAUGCUAAAUAUUUUUAUGACAUAUAUUUACUUCAAUUAUUGAUUUAAGAAUCAUCAUUAUUUGGAUUUUUUUUAUUUGAGGAGGAUUGAAUAAUCAAAGAAUAUUUUAUUGGGCCCAAAUAUCAUUAGGUAGCUACUUCUAUUAAACUUUAUGACCAUAUGGCACAAGAAAGAAGUGAUGUUGGAUAUGUUUGAAUUGAAAUGAGUAAAAAUGCAUAACCAUUUGUUUAAUAAUUAUCUUUAUAGAAUGCUAGUUUAAUGACUUUUCUAACUGAAUUUUUUGAAGAAUUCAGAAAUGUUUGUAUUAGUCACAGAUUUAUCAUAAUUGAUUUUCUGAUGCAUUUAAAAAAUAAAUGGAACACUAAAUGUA